UCUACACACGGAGCUGAACCUUUUUUUUUAUCUGGUGAUGGAAGAACCACCGAAGAAGACAUUUGCUGCGGGAUAAAACUCGCAGUGCUCCGGUGUGAAUCUCCUGGACGCGUCCUCCGGGAGAGGAGACCGACCUGCCCUGUGGGUGUCGCGGUGUUCCCGUGCAGGUAGAGCGGCAGCAGGCAGCCUGGUUAGCCGCGCGGCUAGGAAGGUAGCUUUAGCACCGGACGCUAACGUCACUAACUAACGGACAAGUUGGGUUGGAUGCACGGUUGUCAGAGACGACAGCAGCCAGCAUGGAUGAUUUGUUACACCGCACAGGUUAAACUGUCAAUGUAAACCACCAUACGUGUUCCUGUUUUAAUUGCCCUCCAGGGUAAACUCGUGGCUGCUGCUGCUGCUUGAUUGACAGCUUGUCACAGCGAACGUUCCAGAUGUGCAGGCAGCGCGGACAGCUCGGGCUCUGGUAAAGUGGGCUAGCCGCCGCCGCAGGACUGGCUACCGACCAGGAAUGGCUGGCUGGUCGGAUCAAACUAUCGGGUGGACUCUUGACUCAACACAACUGCAUCAACAAGCGAUGAAUUUUCGCGAGGUGUCACUGAAGUCGACACCGGCCGAGCUGACACGUUGCUAGCCCGCUGACUGACCGACGUUACCGGGAGGAUACAGGCUGUCAAGGCGGGACAACCUACCCCCCCAACGCGCUCAGACAGAGAUAGUGUGUGUGUGUGUGUGUUUUUAUUAACAGAGAAGUAAUGAAGAGGACGGAGAAUAAAAACAAGAGGAAACUCUGUAACAUGGAGAGCGGGAGAGCUGAUGCGAAGGAGUUUGCAAUUCCACCUCCUCUCCUCUUCAGGAAGAUGAGUAACCCCGACCUGUCGCCCGCAGCGACCGCCGCUACCAAAUCCAAACUGCACCGACAGCUGAGCCAGGACGAAAGCUGGGCCCGACGCAGCAGCAUGGCCAUGACCGGUAAGCAGUUGCUGCCUUUGUCCAGCAGUCUGCACACCGGUGUGAGCCAGCUGGCCUGGCAGGGGCCGUCUGGAGGCAUUGGAGGGCCCGGGGCCACGGGGGGAAUGUCUGCAGGAGGAGGAGAGAACAACCUGGUCCGCAUGAGGAGCCAAUCCCUGGGGCAGUCUGCUCCGUCUCUCACCGGACUGAAGGAGCUGAGCCUUCCCAGAAGAGGCAGUUUCUGUCGGACGAGCAACCGGAAGAGCCUGAUUGUGACAUCCAGCACCUCCCCCACCCUGCCACGACCACACUCACCUCUGCAUGGACACACAGGUACCAGCCCACUGGACAGCCCUCGCAACUUCUCCCCCAACACGGCCGCACACUUCUCCUUUGUUCCUGCACGCAGUCACGGACACAGGGCUGACAGGACGGAUGGCAGACGCUGGUCUCUGGCCUCGUUGCCUUCCUCCGGCUAUGGCACCAACACUCCCAGCUCCACUGUCUCGUCCUCCUGUUCAUCUCAGGAGAAGCUGCACCAGUUGCCCUUCCAGCCCACGCCGGACGAGCUGCACUUCCUCACCAAGCACUUCAGCUCAGAGAGCAUCACGGACGAGGAGGGCCGCCGCUCCCCCAACAUGAGACCGCGCUCCCGCAGCCUCAGCCCCGGGCGUUCGCCUAUCUCCUUCGACCAUGAGAUCGUGAUGAUGAACCAUGUGUACAAGGAGAGGUUUCCCAAGGCGACGGCUCAAAUGGAGGAGCGCCUGGCUGAGCUGCUCUGCGCCUCGGCCCCGGACAAGGUGUGCCCGCUGGCCGACGGGGUCCUGAGCUUCAUCCACCACCAGCUGAUAGAGCUGUCCAGAGACUGCCUGGUGAAAAGCAGAGAGGGCCUCAUCACCUCCCGCUACUUCUACGAGCUGCAGGAGAACCUGGAGAAGCUGCUGCAGGAUGCUCACGAGCGCUCAGAGAGUGUGGAGGUUACCUUCGUCACACAACUGGUCAGGAAGCUGAUGAUCAUCAUCGCCCGGCCGGCGCGUCUGCUGGAGUGUCUGGAGUUUGACCCUGAGGAGUUCUACCAUUUGUUGGAAGCAGCAGAGGGCCAUGCCAAGGAGGGCCAGGGCAUCAAGUCGGACAUCCCCCGAUACAUCAUCAGCCAGCUGGGCCUCACCAGGGACCCCCUGGAGGAAAUGGCCCAGCUGAGCAGCUAUGACAGCGGGAACCCAGAAACCCCAGAGACUGAUGACUCAGUGGACGGUCAAGGCACCCCAGUCCCAGCAGCUCCUCCACAGCCUAAAACCAAAGCACCUCGAGAGGAAGACUUUGAAAACAUCAAGCUCAUCAGCAACGGAGCCUACGGCACUGUGUUCCUGGUGCGUCACAAGGAGACCCGGCAGCGCUUCGCCAUGAAGAAGAUCAACAAGCAGAACCUGAUCCUGAGGAACCAGAUCCAGCAGGCUUUCGUGGAACGGGACAUCCUGACGUUCGCUGAGAACCCAUUUGUCGUCUCCAUGUUCUGUUCUUUCGAGACCAGGAGACACCUCUGCAUGGUGAUGGAGUACGUGGAGGGUGGAGACUGUGCCACGCUGCUGAAGAAUAUCGGAGCUUUGCCGGUCGACAUGGCCCGCAUGUACUUUGCAGAGACCGUCCUCGCGUUAGAGUAUCUUCACAACUAUGGCAUCGUACACAGAGACCUCAAACCUGACAAUCUUCUCAUCACCUCCAUGGGACACAUUAAGCUGACAGACUUCGGUCUCUCAAAGAUCGGUUUGAUGAGUUUGACCACAAACCUGUAUGAAGGACACAUAGAGAAGGACACCAGAGAGUUCCUCGAUAAACAGGUGUGCGGCACUCCAGAGUACAUCGCCCCAGAGGUGAUCCUGCGUCAGGGCUACGGGAAGCCGGUGGACUGGUGGGCCAUGGGAGUCAUCCUGUACGAGUUCCUGGUGGGCUGUGCUCCUUUCUUCGGAGACACACCAGAGGAGCUGUUUGGUCAGGUCAUCAGUGAUGAGAUCAUCUGGCCGGAGGAGGAAGAAGCUCUGCCUCAAGACGCUCAGGACCUCAUCUGUAAACUGCUGAGACAGAAUCCUCUGGAGAGACUGGGCACAGGAAGCGCCUUUGAGGUGAAGCAGCACUCGUUCUUCACAGAGCUGGACUGGAACAGCCUGCUGAGGCAGAAGGCCGAGUUCAUUCCCCAGCUGGAGUCUGAGGACGACACCAGCUACUUUGACACUCGUUCUGACCGGUACCACCAUCUAGAUUCAGAGGAAGAGGACGAUACCAACGAUGAUGAACAUGUGGAGAUCCGACAGUUCUCCUCCUGCUCACCUCGUUUCAGCAAGGUGUACAGCAGUAUGGAGCGUCUGUCUCUGCACGAGGAGAAGAGGACUCCUCCACCCACCAAACGCAGCCUCAGUGAGGAGGGAGGAGAUCGCAUCGACAGCCUGAGCGGACUCAAGUCCAGAGAUCGAUCCUGGCUGGUGGGAUCUCCAGAGAUCCUGCGGAAGCGUCUGUCUGUCUCGGAGUCGUCCCACACAGAGAGCGACUCCAGCCCACCACUGACCGUCCGGAGACGCUGCUGUUCAGCCAUCAUCGAGAUGCCCCGCUUCGCCAUCUCCUCAGAGGAAGAGGGAGGUCAAGCUGGAAGUCGUAAGAGUCCCAACCUGUUGGGUCCGAGUGCAGUGAGGGGCCCGCGGUGUGAGGAGCUGCCCCUCGCCAUCCCAGAGCUCCCAGUGGAGAGAGAACUGAGGCUGGAUGAGUCCCCCACCACACCGGGCUCCACCUGCAGUCCACUGAGCAAGGCCACGCUCACACAGGGUGGUUCAGGCGACGUGACUGACCGUGGUCCCAGAGUAAACGGCGGUGCCAGUGCAGCUGCUAAAGGUGCAGCAGACAGCGACUCUCCGUCCACUCCAAGAGCCAUCAGCGACCUGGCAGCUCGCCGGGCUCGCCAUCGGCUGCUGUCUGGGGAUGGAGACAAACACACGGCGACGCCAAGCUCCAGACCGCUCAACAAGGUCAUCAAGUCGGCGUCUGCCACCACACUAUCACUGAUGAUCCCUGCAGACCACCACGGAGCCUCUCCAUUGGCCAGCCCGAUGUCGCCCCACUCACUGUCGUCCAAUCCGUCGUCGCGGGACUCCUCUCCGAGCCGCGACCUUUCCCCUGCCGUGACAAGCGUCAAGCCCGCCAUCGUGAUCCACAGAGCGGGCAAGAAGUAUGGCUUCACCCUGAGGGCCAUCCGAGUGUACAUGGGAGACUCUGACAUCUACACUGUACACCACAUGGUCUGGCAUGUGGAGGAGGGUGGUCCGGCCCACGAUUCGGGGCUGAGGGAGGGAGACCUGAUCACCCAAGUCAACGGAGAGCCGGUUCACGGUCUGGUUCACACAGAGGUGGUGGAGCUCAUUCUGAAGAGUGGUGCCAAAGUCUCCAUCUCAGCCACCCCGUUUGAGAACACAACCAUCAAGGUGGGCCCCGCCCGAAAAACCAACAGCAAGUCCAAGAUGGCGAGACGAAACAAGAAGACCAAGACCAAGGAGGGACAGGACAGUAAGAAGAGGACGUCUCUGUUCAGGAAGAUCACCAAGCAGGCGUCUCUCCUCCACACCAGUCGCAGUUUGUCCUCUCUGAACCGCUCUCUCUCCUCUGGGGAGAGCGGCCCCGGCUCGCCCACACACAAUCUGUCACCACGGAGCCCGACGCAGGGCUACAGGUCCACACCAGACUCCGCCCACUCAGUUGGUGGAAAUUCAUCUCAGAGCAGCUCUCCCAGCUCCAGUGUACCAAACUCCCCGGCGAGCUCCGGCCACAUCAGGCCCAGCUCCCUGCACGGCCUCGCCCCGAAGCUCCAGCGCCAGUACCGCUCCCCCCGACGCAAGUCUGCCGGCAACAUCCCCCUCUCCCCUCUGGCUCGCACCCCUUCCCCCACCCCUCAGAGCUCCUCCCCACAGCGCUCACCCUCCCCUCUGCCCGGCCACGCUCUGGCUCAGUCUGCGGUGGGUCAGUCGUUUCCCGUGAAGCUCCACUCCUCCCCACCCCUGGUGAGGCAGAUAUCCAGGCCUAAGAGUGCAGAGCCUCCACGGUCUCCACUCCUCAAGAGGGUGCAGUCCGCUGAGAAACUGGCCUCCUCACUCUCCAACCCGCCCUCAUCUCCCUCUGGGGUGGCAGCGCAGGGAACGACUGUGGGGAGCCGUAAACACAGUCUGGACAUCUCGCAUUCUGAGUUUAAGAAGGAGAUUCUGCAGAGAGAGCCGAGCCUACAGAGCCUUCAGGAGUCAGCCAGCGAGGGUCUGCUGUCCUCGGCUGGACGCAGCGUGGAGACGGGCAGCCUACAGAAACACUCCUCCUCAUCCAGGAAGUUAGGGCGUCAGGAAGGGGACGGCGCCCUCGGCACCGUGUCCGGCUCGCUGGGCCUGGCCCCCGGUAAGAGCAAGCUGAAGGACAAACUGUCCGCCAUCCGGCAGGACAGAGCCGAGCGGAGGGAGUCGCUACAGAAGCAAGACGCCAUCCACGAGGUCGAUUCAUCCGAGGACGAGACGGAUGAGGGCUCGGAGGACAGCCAGGACGGACGCAGGGGCGCGACUUAUACCACUCCUCCACUGCUGAGGCCCACCACUGUGAGAACGGGCCCCGGAGGCACCCUGCCCUCCCUCUGCCUCUCCCCCUGCACCCCUCAUGCCACCUUCACCCACACAGGGCCCACCCAGAUAGGCAGGCCCACUCCCUCGCACACCCUACCUUCUGUUGCAGAAACAAAGCCUGAUCAGAGCACCUCCCCUCUGGGAGUAAAAUAUGCAAGGUCUGCUUCAUCUACAGAAGACAGUGCAAAACAAGAGAGGAAGGUUCUAGAACCGAGAGGUACCACAAAACCCACUCAGGGCCCCCUACCCUUCUCCACUCCAGGCAGUGCAUUCAUCUCAGUCAGCAAGGAGACUUUCCUCAAGCCAGCUCCUCCACCCGACUCAAAGAGUAUCGUGGGGAAGUCUGCGCCAUCAGAGCCCAGGGCAGAGAACCACACCCUGGACAGCCCUAGAACCACAGUCGCCUCCCCCACGAUCACCACAAAUACUACCGACUCCAGAACCAACACAAAUAGCACAGACUCCAAAGCUGCAGACUGCCGAACUCCUGACAGCCAAGAGUCGCCCCGCGCCUCCUGCUCCUCUCCUGGCAUCCCCAAGGAGAAGAAGGAGGCCGACAACCGGAGACUCUGUGCUGCGGCCGUUGUGAGUCUAAGUGCGUCUCCUUUGUCCACUUCUGGCUCCAGCUCCAGUUCCAGCUCCCCGGUUCCGGCCCUCGAGAGUGCUGUGGAGAAAGUUGUGUCCCAGCUUGCGACAGUAGCUAAGAGCGUUCUGGGUCCCGUCAAACUGAGCACCGCCUCAGACAAGAGCCAGAAGGACCAGAAACCAUCCAUAGGUGGCAUCCCAGAAGGCACACCAACUGGCCCCCUAUUAUUUCCCUCUAAACAGCUCCCAACCGCUCAGUCCCCUCACCUUUUGGAGUCCCAAACAAGACAGAAAACUGAGCAAGUUGCCUCAACUACCACCUCACUGAGUUCGACCAAACCCUCUACCCUGAAAGACUUUGCAGCCCUGCCGCCGUCGUCCCGCAAAGACGUCCCAGAAUGGCCCACUUCAGGGUCUGCAUGCAGGGAGAACAAUGCUACGUCUGCGUCUGUACAGCGGCCGGUUGCAGCAGCCGCUAAGCCUGCCCUCAACACCCACCCCUGCUCCACUGCAGCAUCUGAGCCACAGCGCAAGAGGUCCGAACCCCAGACGACAACUGCCAACGCCGUGUCCACCUCCGCGCAACAAGACAAAGCAACCAGCAAGAAGACGUAGCACCGAAAGAGCAAAGUACCAGAACAAAAUGUACAGAUAACAUCACCUUAGUGCUGGCUUGCGGUUUAAGAACGCACAUAAAACUGCAUGUUCGGAAGAAAACAUAGUAGUAACUCGGCACUAAUCAGAGACUUUCAAAGUAAAAGAAAGGCGUAGAGAGAGACGCAGAGGGAGAAGGAGAGCUCUCAGAAGCAGAGACAGAUGUGGUAAUCCUAGUUCCAUUCCAGCUGUUCUGUGCUCUUCAUGUUCAUGUGAGUUAUUUUGGUGUCCUGACUAUUUGGUUCCUGCUUUCAGACUAAAUGCUGCGAGGGGUUGGCGUUUAAUUUUUUUUCUCUUUCUGCAAACAUGUUUGGGGCUAGAAAUAAAGAGCUCAGUGGUCCGUGCACAUCCAAUAUAAAACCCAGACACUUUACACAUACCUUUCUCGCUCACGAUUCCGCUGGCGCUGCCUCAUUACCUUUCACCUUGAUGUUUGGCAGAGCCUGCACGCAUGCAUGUUCCUCAAACAGAUCAGGGGUACGCCUUAUUGAACACACACUUCUCCUCCCGCCCCCUCCUUGCCCAACAGUAUAGAAGAAGAUUGUAUCUCAGCAAUAAAGUGCAGCGUAUGUUUAGCAAUCUGUGUAAACGCAUUACAGUGUUUUUAAUAGGACUAAAUCUGCACCGUCAUUGUACACUCAGCACCCAGCUAACUGGGACAAAUUAAAUUCUCCUCUUCGCCGUAGUCCCUGCUGAUCUGACGCUGCAGGCCUGCAGAAGGGGAGAUGAAUUCCCUGAGCUCAGAUCCCAGAUGUGGUUCGGUGAUUUGAAGAGAUUCCUUUGAAUGUCAGUGCUGGAUUAGAUUAUUGUUUGUGCUGAUUUAUCAAGUCUGCACUCAGGCGCAAAACUUCGACUGAAUCUGCAGUUCAAUCCUUAACUCGGCACGGCUUUCCUCACUCCUCAUCCAGCUGUAUGUUGUGUAUUGUACUGCGACACUGUACACGCCCCUAGUUUUUGAAUGCAACUAUACAGCUCUACGAACUAGCACAGAUCUUACUGUAUCUUAUCCAUGACAAUGAAGAUAUGUUUUUUUUCAAAACUUUCUCAGAUCUGAUCCAAUUCUAUCGAAGCUGCUUUUUAAACAUUAGGAAAGCUGGUUGACUAGAAAGUAGGAAUAUUUUACUUGUUAGCUAAGAUUCAAUAGGGUGUAGGUUUAGAUUACGGGAUCCGGUUCCGGUUUGGAAAAUACCAAGAUUUGCUGAGCUUCAACACUGACUAAACUCGCUUCAGUGUGCUGGUAAAUAUAGUGUAUCAGCUGUAGCUAGCUGAAAGCUACAUUUAAGGAAUUCUACUAGGGAUUUGAAAGUAAUCAUAUUCUGCAAGCUAAUUCAACCUCAUUAAAACCCAACCGUAGCAUAUCAGCAUUAGCACAAGUCGUCAUACUUGUGGUUCACUUUCAUACCACUGUCAGCAGAGUUAGCAGCCAGGCUUAUUGGAUAUGGAGAUUUUAUUGUUCACCUGCACACACCUCCAAAAGCUUCACCAACAACAGGGCUGAAGAAUCCAAACUGAGCAAGCUCAGAUCGUUUUAGAAACACUGUUCUAUUGGACCACUGCCUUUUAUUUCUAGCUCCAUCGGCCUCUGAGGGCUUCGGUAGUUUUAAUUUUGGUAUCUGGACCAACUUGCUGUGUUUUUGGCCUCUGAUCCUGUAAAGUCAUCAAACUUCACUUUGUGUGUGUGUGUGUGUGUGUGUGUGUGU